AUUCAACAUGGCGGGCACACGUCAAGAAGUCCUCAACUUUGUCGAAGUAAACAAAAAAAUCAAACUGGUUUUCUGAACAUUUUUGUGUCUCUAUAGGGAGCAGGAGCUGAUGAAUACUUUUCUUUUUUUUCUCUUUUUUAGCUUACGGAUGAAGAGAAGGCUGUUCUUCAAGAAUGCAGAAUAAAUAGCGUUUAUUUCAGAGGUAAGCGUGAGCUUAUAUUAUUAUUAAAUCAACUGUACGACUUUGCUCUUUUAUCUUCUAUUGAAACCUUCUUUAAAUGUAGGGUUAGAAAUCACAGUAAGGUUGUUAGUUGUAAACAACGUCAGUAGUCCAUGGGGGAGUUAAAAUCAAAAACAAAAUGUUUUGUCAUCAGCUGAGUCGACAAGUAGAUUGGUCACUGUAGCUGAGGGGGAUUGGAGCUGAGGUUAUAACUUCAGCUUCUCACCCGCUUUCCCCAUAUCAGACUACCUUAUAGCCCUAUAGCUGAGUUGAUUAGACCAACUCUGGUUUGAUGAUCCGCACUCUGUGGGCCUUUCUCGUUCAAAAGCUUAAGGAUCUUCUGUUAUUAAGCCCUCUGUAAUAAGCCCAAAUGUCCCGCCAGAAAAUCUCUUGCAUAUAGGGCUAAAGGUGCAUGCAUUAAUUGGACUGGCUCCACAAAGCAUCAAAAAAGUAGAGAAAUUAAGCUAACAAGACAUUGAUGUAAGACACAAGUUUCAUCAUGUCUGUGACUACAGUCGUUAAUGUCCAUUAAUAACAUUUAAUUAUGAUAUCACGUGUGAUGUUUGAGUGACAACACAGAUCAGGUGUAAAAAUGGCUAAAUCGUACUUCAAGCACCUCUCAGAUGUGGUUGGGCAUCUAAAUUAGGCUCCUGGAACACAGGGUUUUCACUAAAAAUUUCACUAGCAAGAGAGAGGUUUAACAUCACAGGACUGAGAAUGUUUUGAAAGAGGCUCCAUGUGUAAAUAUAGGCUACUGAAUAUGAGCCAGAGAAUUCUGUAUAAGGUCUCCAAUGCCUAACCAAUGCUCUGCGGAUGUCACAUACUUUACUUGAUGUACUCAAAAACAGAUCUGUGUAUGGCUGAUCAGAAUGAGUUUCUUGCUAUAAUGCAUGCUGCCAAGAUAAUAUGCAGAUACUAAACCAGAGAACCUGUCUGCUACAUGGAUCGUUAAGUUAUAUAAUCACUCUAUUAAUUUUUAUCAAUAAAAGAAAACUCUCACAGCUCUCACAUUUCCCCCCAAAUAUCACAUUAAUUUUUUCCUGAACUGAUAUUUGCCAUAGGACUUCCACUUGGAGUUUGUUCUGUUCUUUUACUAAGGCAGGCAGUAAAUGGUGGUAAGACAGUUUAGUAAAUUUUUUGUUGUUGUUAUUGUUUCAUAAUGCACUCUGAGAAUUUUGGGUGAAAACUGUUGACCUUUGCCAGAGCCAGAAGUUUAAAAAGUUUUAUUUUUUGUAGGUUUUGCUUGUAUCCUUUAACUGCAGAGGUGGCUGUUAAUGAAAGAAGUAUGGGUUUAAUAUAAAACCAAUUUAGAAGGAAAGGGUGAAACAUUUCUAUUUAAAGUAAAAAUGCCUCAGUGUUCUAGCUUGUUAAUACAAUCAGUCAAAAUAAUUGCAUACUAGUAAACAGGAAACAAACCAUUUGGUUUGGUGAAGUCGUUUGAUUUCCAAUAUUUACAAACAUGACUUUCAAUGUUUGAAAAACAUGGGCAUAGUAUAUAUAUUGUAAUCUUGAUUAAAUAAUAAUUUAUUUCAACUUUGGUUAAAACUUCACUUUAUUCUUUCUUAUUUUAUUUUCAAGGUUAUUUUCCCCAUAUUAAAAGAUUUUCAGCCUUAUACUAUACAGGUAAAAGGAUUUUGUUCAACACAGCAGUCAUGUAAAUUUCAAAUUUUUCAAACUGUCAUGAAAUACAAUGUAUUUCAAAUCCUUAAGCAUUAUGGGGCUCAAAUAAUUAUGGGGCAUUAUGUUUAGCAUUAUGGGGUUCAUUUUAGUUCAUAACAGGCACUUAAAGCCCUUAAAUGUGUAAGGGAAAGAUUUAACAACUGUUUAAAAAAUAUUAUUUCAUUGACAAAGAGUUUUAGAGAAAACCACUCAAGCAUGACUGGGUGGCAAGAGUUGUUUUUCUCAUACAAAUCCUUCUAAUUUUUGGUGGCCAUUGCAAUCAGUACUUUUGAGAUAUACAGCUGAAAAUUUGCAGGUUACCUAAUUUUAAAAUGCUUUUUCAGCUCAUACAAACAAAAUUUUUCAAAAAAGAACUGUUUUUGUGUUUACUGAAAGUUUGUCACUUGAUCAAUUUCCUACUCUCUAAUAAACACCCCAUAUUCAAAAAUUAUUAAUUCCCCUUGAAAUUUCAAUUUCUUGUCAUCCAAAUAGACAAAGGUAAGUUUGCAGGAACUACUGGGAUCUGCUUAAUGCUAAACAGGUAUGAUAUUGUUAAUCAAAGAUGUGCCUGAUGUUUCCGUAGGGCUAUUUGGAUUUGGGUUUUUGGCAGGUGUAAGCUCUUAUAAGAAUACUUGUGUGGAGAAGAUAAUGAAGUUAGAAAAUUCCAGACUUGCUGAUCAAGUCAGGGCAACACAGAUGUACGUAUAGCAUUAAACUGGCCUUUUAUAAGUAAUUUUGUUGCAUUAAUAGGAAUUGAAAUUGUUUCAGUUCAUGUCAAAUAACUGCAAUGAUGUUUUCACGUUUAAUAGGGCUGGAAAUCGCAGAUCUCUCUGGGAAACAGAAAGGGUGCCAUAUGAACGCCAAGAUGUUGAAUUACAAGGUUAGUUGUACAGAUUGUAAAGAUUUGUGUUGUUAAAAAAGUUUUAUUCAUUUUUCAUUUUGAUUUGUUUUUUUGGGUGUGUUGAUUUGUUUUUUUUUGUCAUCCAAAUGUGUGUGUGUUUGCAGGAACUACUGGGAUCUGCUUAAUUAAAUAGGUAAAUUGAAAAAGAUCAAAAUUGAAAUCAAGAAUUUGGAACUUAAAAACAGGACCAUGAGUUCUCAAAUUAAACACAAUAUUUAUAAGCCAGGACAAAGUGAAAUUAGGGUUUGAAAAUGGCAUAGAUAAUUACACUGGAAUUAGAUUAGCAUUCGGAGAAUCAAGCAGUAGCUCUUUAGCAACUAUUCUGAGGGCUGCUCACCAUCCACCCCCCUUAGUUGCUUGUCAUACUGUAAUGUGAUGCACUACUUUUAUUAACACAACCUUUUGAUAACAGGAAUGGGUGAUAAGCCCAGUAAUCGGUUCAGUAGUGUUCCCAUGACUCAAAGACCACCAGCAGAAGCGAACAUUCCUUAUCGCAGUGACACGGCUGUCAAUCCUGUACCAGAGUCUACUGCAGGGGAGGCUCCUGCUGCGCCUCCAAGCCUUUAUUUUGAUGUGGAAAAAGAAAAGGAGAACAAGUAUACAUCUUUUUCAGAAUUGAGAAAGAAACAUCGUGAACGGUGGACGCCUCCGUCAAUGUCUUCUUCGGGUACCAGUCGGUCAGACCAGGUGCGUAUGUGUUUCAGGACUUAGUUAACAGUCAUCAUUCGGUGGCCUGCUUCAGGCUCUGAGCGGAGAGCUGGGAAAGCAGCAGAAAAUUACAGAAAUCAUUCAAUUUGUGUUAUCUUUGUCUCCGGUAAUGGUUCCGUACUGUAAUAAUAAUAAUAAUAAUAAUAAAGGUUUUUAAUUAUUUAUCAUUCAUUGCGCAAGCAGACGUGUAACAAUUUACAUGGCAAGAAAAUUAAGGAAAACGACUAAAUAAAUAUUAGUUAAAAAUACUAUUAAAAAGGCAUCUGUUUAUAAAAACUGAUCUGAUCAUGCUUAGCGUGCGUAUUAUCGAGUUAUGGAUGCGCGCGGGAAGUUUAGAGAGCAAUAAAGAUGCGUAAGAGUUGCUCGAGGCGCAGCUGAGAGCAACUCUAGCUUCUUGAGUGCUCUCCAAACUUCUCAAGUGCAUCCAUAACUCGAUAUACGCACAGCUAAAAGCAUGAGCAAAUUCUUUUAUAACAAAGCUGACAAAAAUGCUUGCUUUUCGAUUAACUGCAAAAUUCUCGUAACGCGCGACACAAUAAGAAACGCUUCUAUCGGCUGAUUACAAACACACCACAAUCGUCUGGUUUGAAUGAAAAUUCUUUCCGUAAACUGAGAAACCAAAUUUCCCUAUUUAUUCGUUAACGAAUGGAAACUAAGCAGAAACAAUUAAGGUAAAAAGAGUCUUUAAGUCCACCUAAAGUUAUAAUACUCACAUGUUCGUAAGAAGUCGUGGAGUAUGGUUUGAAUUUGCUGAAAAGAUGUUUUUGUUUUGCUCGACAAAAUCCAGAAAACUUGUUUUCUAGCGAAGACGACUGUCAUCCUACCUUAAACUCAUACUCGUUUACGAAGAAUGGCUGGCUUUACGGCUUCUUUAGAAGACCUGACAGCAGUUGUUUUUGUGAGCAAUAAAUUUAUGUCUUCUCGUGUAAUUUGUCUUGUUAUUUCAAGAGAAAUUUUCCUGCUGCAGUCGGAUUGUUCGGCGAUAACAAAAAUGCAUAAUUUUUGGCUAUUUAGCUUACUUUAUAAUUAACUUGUUUUGUAAAGGAUAAACAAACGUUAAAAACGGAGGACACUUUAUACAAAUUGGAUAUUUCCGACAGACCAAUUUGUGGUCUUUUUCCACUUAAAUGUCAGUCUUUACGGCAGACUUUUCAACGAAUCAGUCAGGCUCUAUUAUUUGUGAAACAUCUUCACCGCUUUUGCUGUUGGUUUGAGUGGUUAGGAAGAAGCUAAGUUCCGCAAAAUCUAGAAAGUUUUUCAUCGUUGCCGUCGAUUUUUGGGUUCUUAGGAAAAGAGACGAAAAACACAGCUGAACACGUCAUCACGAAAAAAUCCUUAUUUACGCACGGGCGUGCGUAAAGAAAGAGUUUGUUCAUAGCGGCUCAAUAGGACUUAAAUAGGGCAAGCACGCGCGCUAUGUUUUCUUAAUUUAAAACGACUCGUCCGAACAUUAGGUAGAAUAUAAUAAUGCGACCUAGUUCUCAUCUGCCGUGUUCUCUGGGGCGGUAAAAAAACGCUCAACGCAGUGUUGGUGGAAGAGAUGCUUGGCCAUAGAUUCAUAUUUCUAUUACGAGGAAUGUCCAAGAUACUGUACCGCUUUAAGCAGUAACCUAACCCAUAACACCUAGCAAAGAGCUUAUCAAUUCUACUUAAAUAUUUAGUAUAAAUAGCGCACCCUCAGACCUCAAUAGCAUAUGUGAAGACUGAAAGGAUCAAACUUUGAAAAAGUAAGUCCAAAUUUUCAAUAGAGUACCCAUAAUAUUUACAUAUUCUUAUAAUAUACAACCUACUGCUAGCCUUACUAAGUAAAUAAUCAAUAUGAGUGUCCCUGUAGCUUGCAAUGUUCCCUCUGGCUAUUAACAUCGACAUGCAUGAACAAUAAUCCAGCUCCAGUGUGUACGCUUGCAUUUCUUGGUUUGUUUUCAUGGAUGAAGAUUUUCAUUACCACUAACAAAAACGUUGCAGCAAAUGUGGUCAUCCAAAUGGGUGAAAAAAAAAAAAAACUAGCCUUGAAAAAACUGAAAAAUGUAGCUAUCAACCAAUGACACACCAGGCCUUGGUUGUUCAAAAGGUUGAUAACGCUAUCCACGGGAGUAAAUCUCUAUCCAGUGAAUAGCGCGAUUGGUUUUCCUAAUACUUUCCCGUUGGAUGGUGAUUUAUCCAGUGAAUAGCGCGAUUGGUUUCCCUAAUACUUUCCCGUCGGAUGGUGAUUAAUCCAGUGAAUAGCGCGAUUGGUUUUCCUAAUACUUUCCCGUUGGAUGGUGAUUUAUCCAGUGAAUAGCGCGAUUGGUUUUCCUAAUACUUUCCCGUUGGAUGGUGAUUAAUCCAGUGAAUAGCGCGAUUGGUUUUCCUAAUACUUUCCCGUUGGAUGGUGAUUUAUCCAGUGAAUAGCGCGAUUAGUUUAUCCCGCGAUAAUACUUUCCCGUUGGAUGGUGAUUUAUCCAGUGAAUAGCGCGAUUGGUUUUCCCCGUUGGAAUCCACUUUUUUCCCCCGUUGGAUGGUGAUUUAUCCAGUGAAUAGCGCGAUUGGUUUUCCUAAUACUUUCCCGUUGGAUGGUGAUUUAUCCAGUGAAUAGCGCGAUUGGUUUUCCCCGUUGGAUGGUGAUUUAUCAAUAACAAAAAUGGUCUCUUUUAUUAUACCUUAAUUUAUCCCAUAUUGUACCAUUUAACAGUUUGGAUGGUGAUUUAUCCAGUGAAUAGCGCGAACCAUUAUUUUUCCGUUUAAAGAUUUUGGACAUAUACAACAUUAAUUCAUUCUAUAUUGAAUUUAUGUUUUCAUUUAUCAUCAAUUACUGCCACCGCUUUUUUCGAACCUUUUUGAAUAGCAAUAUUCAUAAUUAUAAUACUAGGUUCCUUUUCCGUUCUCAUGCCUGCCGAACUAACACCAAACAAUUUUCCCAAGGCCCUGGAAUUUGAAUUUUUAUCUCAGUCAAUUCGAUUUUUACAUUGCAAUCGCGAUUUUUGAUUUUCUACUAUAUCGAUAAUGCGUCUUGUACCCGUUGGAUGGUUAUAGUUCUAUUGCUUAUUUAUCCAAGCCUGAAUAGGUCCCCUCGCGAUUGUAAUGUUUUCUUUAUUGUGGGAAAAUAAUAAAUAAAUAAAUAAAUAAAAAAAUACUUUCCCGUUGGAUGGUGAUUUAUCCAGUGAAUAGCGCGAUUUUCCCGUUGGAUUUUUAUCCAGUGAAUAGCGCGAUUGGUUUUCCUAAUACUUUCCCGUUGGAUGGUGAUUUAUCCAGUGAAUAGCGCGAUUGGUUUUCCUAAUACUUUCCCGUUGGAUGGUGAUUUAUCCAGUGAAUAGCGCGAUUGGUUUUCCUAAUACUUUCCCGUUGGAUGGUGAUUUAUCCAGUGAAUAGCGCGAUUGGUUUUCCUAAUACUUUCCCGUUGGAUGGUGAUUUAUCCAGUGAAUAGCGCGAUUGGUUUUCCUAAUACUUUCCCGUUGGAUGGUGAUUUAUCCAGUGAAUAGCGCGAUUGGUUUUCCUAAUACUUUCCCGUUGGAUGGUGAUUUAUCCAGUGAAUAGCGCGAUUGGUUUUCCUAAUACUUUCCCGUUGGAUGGUGAUUUAUCCAGUGAAUAGCGCGAUUGGUUUUCCUAAUACUUUCCCGUUGGAUGGUGAUUUAUCCAGUGAAUAGCGCGAUUGGUUUUCCUAAUACUUUCCCGUUGGAUGGUGAUUUAUCCAGUGAAUAGCGCGAUUAGUUUUCCUAAUACUUUCCCGUUGGAUGGUGAUUUAUCCAGUGAAUAGCGCGAUUGGUUUUCCUAAUACUUUCCCGUUGGAUGGUGAUUUAUCCAGUGAAUAGCGCUAUCCAAUUUUUGAACAACUAGAGCCAGCCAGAACAAUAUGAAAACGUCUCUAAAAAGAGCGUGACGGUUAAGGUGAGUCUUGACCUUUUAUGCGUAGAGGUUUUGGACGUUGACGUAAACCUUUUGAUCUCCGUGUUGGUUUAUAGGUGAGACAAAAGCAUGAUGGAGAAUCGCAUUCUAAAGCUGCAGCAGGAUCUAGUGAUACGCCGUUGUCGUGGACGUUUGACAUGAGCAACAGCAGCGCCGAAGGGAGCAACCAAGAGGGUCAGCGGGGUAAUAAUCAGCAGGAGAGGCCUUCAUAUAGACAAGGUAUUUUGACAAGUGUUUAAAAAUGAGAUUUGUUUACCCAGUGAAAGAUGUAACCUUUCGCCUUGCCAAUAAAACGUGCUUACCUUACUCAAUUAAAUUAACACAACGGAUAGAAGCAAAAUUUCCUGUUAUUAGAUGACUGGCUAUGCGAUCCUUUCAAGAUGAAACGAAUCUUGUGCGGUAUCUCAUUCACUGCCCUAGUGAGCAAGAUGGGCCUCUUUUGCCCACUCACCGGCAUUGCUCACUUUGUCCUGAAAAAUAAGUUUGUUUUAGUCAUAUGAUCACUGGAAUCUUUCAUUGACCAAAUUUGUACGAACAAGAUUGGUCCAUGAAAUCAGGAUAUCCAGCCUAUUUGGACCUCAUACUUGGUCGGCGGCAAUAACGCUUGUUACUGACAUUGUUGCAUUGACAUUGUUUAAUUGACUGAAUGUUACGUCACUCACUUCACCACAGGUCCACCACCCAGGAGAAACAAAUAUGGCGAUGUUAUAGAAGGGUAGUGAAUGAAGUGGAUUUCUAGCUCCAAUUUCGUGCAUUUGCUGAUCACGAGAUGUCCUUCUCUUUAUGGCGAAAAAAAAAAUUAAAAAGUUUUACUAUUAACUUGUUAAGUAUAGAGGACUAAACUAAUGUACAUCUUAUAGCUAAGUAGUAACUGAAUGAAUACGCUGUCCUCCGUUUUAAAUGUUGGUUGUAAGGUAACCGGGCUUUAAACUAUAUACCAUUAUGCAUUUUCUCCAUACUGGUCUCCGUACAUUUUCUGUAGUAACGAUUAAGAGAAUUUCUUCAACAGUCAAUGCCACUAUUUGUUGAUCAUUUCCUUUAUUUUUAUGACCUUUUUGUUUGAUCAAGCAGUGUUAUGUUAAGGAGAAAUUAAAUGCUGAUCACUUUUAAAAGCUUAUCGUACAAGUAAAACAGGUGAAAAAGAAGUCCGGCGAUUUAAUCGUCGAUCUUCACUUUGUCUGAUCACACAGUAAUUUUCAGGGAGUUAUAAUAACUCCUCUAGUGGGGUUAAAUUAACUCCUUACAGUGGAGUUAUUUUUGGGGGGAGUUAUUUUAACUCCCAAAAGGAGUUUAAAGAACUCUUUUUCAGGAGCAAAAAUCACCCCAGAUAUUGAGGAGUUAAAAUAACUGCCAAAAAAGGAGUUAUCCUGUACCUAAAAUUUUUACUCCACUUUCAGAGUUAAAGUAACUCCAAAAAGAGUAAAAACAACCCAUGUAAGGAGUAAAAUUAGCCCCAUUUUUAACUCCAGACUGGGAGUUAAAAGAACUCUUUUUCAGGAGUAAAAAUGACCCCAAAUUUAGAGUUAAAUGAGGAGUUAAAGUAACCCCAUAAAAAGGGUUAUCCUGUACCUAAAAUUUUUACUCCAUUUUUGGAGUUAUAAUAACUCCCUAAAAAUUACUGUGCAGUUUCAAAAAAUAACUUGUAUGUACCAUCAAACUUGUUGUUUGAGCAGAGGGCAAUUUAAUAAAACUAUUGCAAGUUAGUGUAUUAAUUUUCAAGCGUAGCUUUUAUUUUUGCAAAUUGCACUUGUGAAAGUUUUACUGAAUUGACCCCAGUAUCGGGCAAUUGGCUGCGUUUUGAUGAAAAGGCGAUUUGAAAGUGACGUCGUAAAAAAUUAAAUUUGUGAAAUUACGGGAUUUGUCGGGAUAUUCUGAAAGAACAAUAUCUGAAUGGCCUACUUAUCAAACACUAGCAUUUCGAGGAAAUUGUCUCUGAUAUGUUAGCCCAGUUAUGCUCUGAUGACCCCAUACAAAUCACUAUAAAUUUGCCUUUGUUCUUAACGUUAUGAACCGAGUCAAUUUUUUUGUUGUGGAGGGAUUUUUGAUUGGACUCAUGCGAGCAUAACGAUCAUGAAGUGAAGAGAACCCCAGCCUGACCAAAGUACCUUUGUAAUAGCACAAUCCUGUCCCUUUAUUGCAAUACCGCUUUUCACUGUUUUUGAAAGGAACAUCAGUUCCAAAUAAUUUUGUGUAGUGACUCACUCACUCAUAGGGG